AUGGAUGACACAUCUAAAGAGGUAGUCUACAAGGUAGCAACUUCAAAGGAAGUUGAGAAUGACACAAGUUUUGAGGAACAACUUUUGGAAACAACAUCUUCACAAGAUUACCGAAAUAAGGAGUAUGAGCAAGCGAACCUUAAGGCACAUGUGGAGAUAAAACCAAGUUCAACACCAUCUGAUCUUGCUUCUAAGAUCAUCCCCAUUAAGGCUAAGUUGAUACCAAACAGUCUACAUGCCACUAGAGAAGAUGAAGUUGACACAAACAACAUCUUGUUUCAAGAAGAACCACCAGAUCAAUCAUUAAAUCAACCAACCUUGUUGAUUUUGAAUGAUACACUCAUCGAUGAACUAUGUCAAGAGCCACCGGAUCUCAAAGCUCAAGCGCAGAUCCAAAGAGGAGCUAAGCACGCUACACAAUCAACCAUGAUACCGGAUCAAAACCGAGGCGUGAUCCUAUCUUUCCUGCUCAAAGGAGAGCAACUUGAUGCACCACACAUCACAAAACCAAAACCAUACCGAGGGAGAGGGUAUGAUGCGGACAUCAGAACUAAACCAAACCGGGAGCAUGGCGAACCAACCAGUCCACACACCAAACCGGUCCACGAAGAGCAUCUUGGAGAAUCUUUUCCCAAAUGGAGUUCUGAUCAAGCACAAAGAGAAGGAAAGGUUUUUAAUGAGGCAACACCAAGUCAUCAAGGAAUCACUUACCAUCCAUCUGAUUCAAAGAUGGCACAAGAAGUCAUAGCUGAAGUACUUGUUGAACUACUUGCUGGACCUGCUGAACUACUUGCUGACAGACAUGCUGAACUACUUCCUGAUGGACUUGAACUACUCGCGGAUGAAUCAGACAUCGUUGCAAGUUAUGAAGAGUUUCGGCCUUUUGACACUUGGACCAGUCCUAGAGGGAGCCCACACACCUAUUUGAUUCACCACAAGUCUCCAGCCCAUGGAGAACAACCCAAGAGAAGACCCAAGUCCAAGCCACCCUUUGAAUCAUGUCCAUUGAUCUACUUGGAGCCAGAUAAGGAAACUUUCAUUUACAUUCACUUGGACGUGUCCCAAAGCUACAUAUGGAAACUAGGAGAACCUCUAAAGCCACCAGAGAAUAUUUGGAGGAUAUUCACAAGCAAUAAUAGCCAUUGGAUUAGGCGGAUUCAAUCUUAUUAUUACUUGCCUUUUUCGGACCCGAUUGUCAUCAAUGCACAACGACUACUUCCUAAUCUAAUCAUGUGCAUAGUCAAGUUUCCACAAGUGGCCAAGAAGUUUCCAAGACGUCACAACUUCCUCCCCAAGUUAACGAGAUACAAGACACAUCUUCUUACCUUAUUUGGACCAAUUCUACACUUAAUGGUCCAACGAUCAUAUGUUCAAUAA